AUGGCCAAAUCCAACACCAAAAAGAAUAAGUGCUCCAGAAGACAUCAAAAACCAAGCUCCAGAAAGAGGUCACAUUCCUGCACUGACUUUAGCCGAAAUUAUUCACUCUACAUUCGCAGGGUCCUAAAAGAAGUGGAUCCCCAGAAGAGUAUAUCAUCUCACACCGUGGACAUGAUGAACACCAUGAUCAACAACAUCUUUGAACGCAUUUCUACGCAAGCCUAUAACCUGAUGUGUUUCAGAAAUCGCUGUACUCUCACCCAUGAAGAUAUCCAGAAGGCGAUGUAUAUGCUGUUUCCUGGAAAACGAGCUAAGUACGCAGUGACUUUUGGAAGUGAAGCUGUCCAAAGAUAUGUCCACUCCAAAAACAAUGUACCAGAUUAA